CGUGAGCUUUACAAGUAAAUACUGACGUACUUUAACGUCCAAAAAACUCAUGACAUGCAGCAAAGUCUCGCAAGCAUGGCGCCAUGCUACUCCACUCUCUCCAGUCACGUCAAUGAAGAAGGCGAUGUUCUGCACACCGACGCGGCGCAAUGCCACACUCUGCUGGGAUAUCAUAAGUGGGAGUACAGGCCGGACUGUCAAGACUGCGCAGUCACGCAUUGUCUCAACGACUCACCACUGGCUUCGGACCGUGACCACGAAAUUCAGUACCCAAUGGUUGCAAUGUACGACUUCUUCGACGAGGUUCGCAAUCAGGAGCGCCGCUUCCCGGAACCUCUGCGGUGCGAGGUGCGCACGACCUGGAUAGACCCUUGCUUUACAGCGCGACUGAGAAAGAUAUACAUUACCCAACCGCCAUGUGCGGAAAUCAGGGUGGCCGUCCACUCUUAGUCCAUGUCGCUGACGACGUUCAGCCUCAGUUGCCAGCACUUCCUGGACGACUUCCUAUCGAGACGGGCCCUACGGACUGCGACGUGCCGGAUGCCGUAGAGCUGGAGAGCGUCGUACUUCCUCGCGGAUCGAGAGACAUCAUGAGUAUUGGCUGCGAAGCUCAUCGCGCCGUCUCGCAAGCUCCGGCUUGGAUAGCUGGCGCUAAGGGAAACCCGGCGGUCUUGUUUGUGUCGAGGGCGAAGCCUAUGUCAUCAUGCCAACGGCGAGAGGCGACAGGACGGGUCUUGAAGGUUAGACCAUUGGCAUUGACGCGUUGGGGUGAUGGCAUGAAUGCCGGAGACUUGGAAAGACGGACACCAGCUGCCGCCUCUUUGGGCGAAAAUUCUUGUGAAUGCUAUGGGUCACGCUACAGUCGAUGCCGUUUGACUGCUGUUCACUCCGCCUUUUGGGCCGUUAUUCAUCAAUAAGACUGGCGGCACCUGAGUAUGAGAUGGUAAACCUACUUCAUGCUGCCAUAAACAUGUAAUGUUUUGCACUCUUUGGACUCCUACUUUCAGGGACAGUGCCGCGUACCUUCUAGCGCUCGUCU